AUGGCUGGGCACUUGGGCAGAGAGUUAGAUCGCCCAUAUCCUUUCCCUGUCCAAGGGCUUCACCUUGGCAACAUCCCUGCUGUUGUUCACCAUGAAGCUAGUGGAGGCUUCUUGCCUGAAGCCUUCAGUGGGGCAGCCCCUGGGCAGGGAUUUGGGUUCAGGCCCGACUAUGGGCCUCCAGGAGGGAUGCUCGAGUCCCACCCUGGCGGAGGAGAAGCUCCCCGGACUUGGUACCCCUUCUCUGCUGGAGGAGAAGCCUGGAGUCACCAUCCCGGGGUGAUGAUGGGGGCUUAUGGGGUCACUCAGCCCGGGGAAGCCGCUUUCCAAGGCCCAAAGCCUGACAUCAAAGUGGAGCCUGACUUUGACCAGCCGGGGCCCUCCUAUGUGCACACCUGGACAGGUGGCUGCCUUGUGCCGGCCCCCUCGGCCUGCAUUGCGCCGGGAGAUAGCAGUGGAGCUCCUUCACCCGGUGAAGAACCCCAGCGCUCCAGCAGCCCCGCUAGCCAGGAUGACGACCUGGGCAGCCUGACUGGCAGCGAGGAGACCAGUCCCCAGAGUAACGGUAGCAGCCCAGGUGGGCAGGCAGCCUCUGGAGAAGCCAAGGAGGACGGCAGCGGAGGCAGCGGAGAUGAGGUUCCUAUUAUUACCUCAGAGGAACUGGAAGAGUUUGCCAAGUUGCUCAAGCACAAAAGAAUCUCACUGGGCUUUACUCAGGCAGAUGUGGGACUGGCCUUGGGUCUGCUGUAUGGGAAGAUGUUCAGCCAGACCACGAUCUGCCGCUUCGAAGCCUUGCAGCUGAGCUUCAAGAACAUGUGCAAACUGAAGCCCCUCCUCCAGCGCUGGCUGGAAGAGGCCGAUUCCAACGAGAACUUGCAGGAGCAGCUGUGCUCCAUGGAGUCUGCCAUGAUCCAGGCCCGGAAACGUAAACGCACCAGCAUUGAGAACAGCGUGCGGGGGACCCUCGAGUCUUACUUCCUGCGCUGCCCCAAGCCCAACGUGGACGAGAUCGAGCAGAUUGCUGAUAACCUCAGCCUGGAGAAGGAUGUUGUCCGCGUCUGGUUCUGCAAUCGUCGCCAGAAGGGCAGGCGCAACUUAGGGGCUGGGUCGCGGGAUGAAUACGAUGGGCCGGCCGUACCACCUCCCUACCCUCAUGGCGCGCGCCAGGCUCCACCCCCUGGGCUCGGCCCCGCCCACCACCAGCUGGGCCCACCCCACCAGGGCUACAAUGGCGCUGCCUUCGCUGCCCUGUACCUGCCCCCGUUCCACGAAGGGGACGCCUUCGUUCCUUCCCCCUCUGGCUCUGCCGUCAUGGGCCACCCAAUGCAUUCGAGCUGA